AUGCCUCUCGUCGUACCCCGCGCCAACAACAGGAUCAUCCUGGGCCUAAUGACCUUCGGACCCGACCCCGACACGGGCGCCCGCGUCACCGACGUCGGCGAGUUCGAAAAGUUCCUCGACUACCUCCAGUCUCGCGGCUACAAUGAGGUCGACACGGCGCGCAUGUACGUCGGCACCAAGCAGGAGGCCUUCACGCGAGAGGCCAAGUGGAAGGAGCGCGGUUUGACCCUGGCCACCAAGGUGCUCUAUCCUGCCGAGCCUGCGGGUAACACGCCCGAGAAGGUGGUUGACUCGGUGGAGAAGAGCUUGGCAGCUUUGGGCACUGAUACUCUUGAUAUUCUCUACCUUCAUGCUGCGGACCGAGAGACGCCCUUCGCGCAAACCCUCGAAGCCAUCGACAAGCUCCACAAGGCCGGCAAAUUCGUCACCUUCGCCAUCAGCAACUUCACCGCUUUCGAAGUCGCCGAAAUCGUCCUAACCUGCAAGUACAACAACUGGGUACGCCCGACCCUCUAUCAGGGCAUGUACAACUGCAUCACGCGCGGAAUCGAGACCGAGCUCGUGCACGCCUGCCGCCGCUACGGCCUCGACAUUGUCGUCUAUAAUCCCCUCGCCGGCGGCCUGCUCACGGGCCGAAUCAAGUCGGCCGACGACAUCCCCACCGAGGGUCGCUUCUCCGAUACCAGUGGCCGCAUCGGCGCCAUGUACCGCCAGAGGUAUUUCCGCGAUAACACGUUCAAGGCGCUGCACACUAUCGAGGAGGCGGUUAAGAAGCAUGGGUUGACGAUGACGGAGACGGCAUUGCGGUGGCUUGUGCACCACUCGGUGCUGAAUAUUAAGGACGGGAAUGAUGGCAUUUUGAUUGGUGCUUCGAGUCUAAAGCAGCUUGAGAGCAAUUUGAAUGAUUUCGAGAAGGGUCCCUUGCCCGAGGAGGUUGUGGAGGCCACGGAUAGGGCGUGGGCUCUGGUUCAGUCGGAGGCGGUUCCGUAUUGGCAUAAGGAGAUCAAGUAUGGCUACGAUACGAAGGAGGUGCUCUUUAGCGCUGGGAGCAAGUAA